AUGACCUGGUCAGAGGCUCAGAACUACUGUAGAGAACAUCACACCGACCUGGUCAGUGGACUCAAUCAGUUAAAUGACACAAAUUUCAAGAAUGAAAUUCAGACUGAGGAGAAGUUUUGGAUCGGCCUGUUCAGAGACACCUGGAGGUGGUCAGAUGGGAGUCAUUUCUCUUUUAGAAACUGGGACUCUGAGUAUGAAGUGAUCCUGAUUAAAGAGAGUAAGACCUGGGAGGAGGCCUUAAAUUACUGUACAGAGAACUACCGUGACCUGGUGUCCAUCACUAACGUCUGGCUAGGACUGCGCUACACCUGCUCUCUGGAUUUGUGGUUCUGGGUCAGUGACAAGCUGGUCUGCUAUGACAACUGGGACUCACCUGCAACCACUGAUGAUUGUGUCAGUGCUGCAGCCAUGGACAAAGGACGACAGCAUAAAUGGUUCAAAAAAGCUGAUACUGAAACGUUUAAUUUCAUCUGUGCUUUAUAG